AUGGAGGAUGUUCCGUAUGCGAGUGCUGUUUGUAGCAUCAUGUAUGCGAUGGUAGGGUCGAGACCAGAUUUGGCGUAUGCAGUUGGAUUGGUCAGCAGGUAUAUGGGUAGGCCUGGAAAGGAACACUGGUCAGCAGUAAAAUGGAUUAUGAGGUAUAUCAGAGGAGCAGCAGGGUACGGUCUUACGUUUACAAAGUGUUCAGAUUUCUUGGUUCGAGGAUUUUGUGACUCAGAUUAUGCAGUAGAUCAGGACAAUAGCAGGUCAAUUUCAGGGUUUGUCUUCUCUGUAGGCGGUAACACAGUCAGCUGGAGGUCCUGUCUUCAGAGGGUAGUGGCAUUGUCGACUACAGAAGCGGAAUACAUUUCACUUUCUGAGGCAAGCAGAGAAGCAGUUUGGUUUAAAGGCAUCUGUGAAGAUUUGGGGUUUGAUCAGGAAGCUGCGGAAAUACAUUGCGACUCACAGAGUGCAAUUUACCUGUCGAAGAAUCACAUGUUCCAUGAACGAACUAAACAUAUGAAGCUGAAGUAUAAUUUCAUACGCGAAGUAGUGGCUGAUGGUCAAGUCAGAGUGUUGAAGGUUCACACGUCUAAGAAUGCUGCAGAUGUGUUGACGAAAACGCUUCCAGGAGAAAAGUUCAGAGAACAUAUCAAGACCCUAAAGGUCUUGAAAGCUUGA